GACUAUUCUUCCGUAGCCAUCAGACCUUCUGAAAAGGUUAAUGGCCUGGUGCUAAAUUAGGUGUCGAAGUGCGCAGCUAUCCACAACUUGUAACGUAUGCUACCCGUUAGGGCGGCAUAAGAUUUAACAUUUCUUCUUUUCUCCUGUUUUCGUUGCUAUCUUCAUUGUCAAUCGAUAUAUAGGGAUUAACAAUGGAUCCCUUUACGAUUCAUUCAACUCCGUCAUGUUCUAGCAGCGGCCCGAGUUGUGCCGAUAUUACUGCUGGAUUCAUCCGUCAACAUCCUUACAUCUCAAUAUUGUCAAGCUUUGCGAUCAUAUGUUUACUCACAACCGUCUGGUCAACAAGAAGCUUCAAUGCACCGAGAAACAACAAAAGUAAGAUCACACAACCACCUACUAUACCGUAUAUGAUACCCGGUCUAUACCACGGAUUUGGUUUCUUGAUCAAUGGGCUGGCCAAGUUCUUCACCAUCAUCUUGAGAGAAUAUGGCGAACGAACCCCCUUCCUUGUCCGACCAGGCCCAAUGAAAUUCGCCAUUGUCACUGAUGCCGCCCAUAUCCGAACAGUAUUCCAGGCCAAACAGAUGUCUAUCCGACAGCUCCACGCCCAAAUAUUCGGCAAGCUUUUCGGAGCUCCGAAGUCAGCUCUCGAAGUGUAUACCAAGGACGCCUCCCACUUGCCUGAAGAACAGAGAAUCGAAUACGCACACAUCAGUCUUCCAAGGAGGUACUUCACAGGCCCUCAUCUCAACACGCUUUCCGAACGUUAUCUGGCUGAUUUACGACAUAAUUUGGCCGCCGUGCAUUUCAAAGAGGGAAAUUGGGUGGCGAUAGAGGACAUGUUCUCCUACUUCCAGCGGAUCAUCACUCGGACGAUGAUCGAUGUCAUCUUCGGUACCAAGUUCCUGCAAUUGUAUCCUCGCACGAUCGCGGAUUUCUGGGAGUUUGACCGUAACCUGGACACGUUUUCUGCGGGGACGCCGAGAUUUAUGGCGAGCGCUGCGUACGAGACUCGCGAUAGGCUGUUAAAGAACUUCGUGGAGUGGGAGGACUUAAUGCUCAAGGCCGAUGGUGUGUUGGAUGACGAAGCUGACUGGAACGAAUGGGGCUUGAAGUUCAUUCGGGCGAGACAGAAGGCAUUUCUCUCGAUGGAGGGCAUGAACGCCGAAGCAAGAGCGAGCGAGAACCUUGGAAUAUUGCAAGGAUCGAACUCCAACCUCCUACCCUCCGUAUUCUGGACCGUCUUCGAAGUCCUCCGCAAACCAUCCUUGAAAACGAAGGUCACAAAAGAAAUCAAACAACACCUCGCCUCCAACUCCAACACAAUCGACAUCUCCAAACUCGGCACGAUCCCCCUCCUCCAAUCCCUCCACUCCGAAGUCCUGCGCCUCCGUCUCGCCACCGCAACCGCCCGCACCGUCGAGCAAACAGACGUUCAACUCGACGACCAGUACAAACUAACAAAGGGCACGACCGCGUUCGUCUUCAGCCGCCCCCUCGCCCUCAACCACGCACUCUGGUCCCAAGCCCGACCCCUCACCGUCUCCAAGCCAUUGAAGGACUUCUGGGCCGAGCGCUUCCUCACCGCCGACGGACGGUUCAGCGUCGAGGGCAUCUCCGGCUGUUGGGUGCCGUUCGGUGGGGGUACGCACAUCUGCCCCGGACGCCAUUUUGCGAAGAACGUGGCACUGUCGACGUUGGCGUUGCUGCUGGGGGAGAAUGAGGUGGAGUUGGUGGAUUGGAGUGUGUUAGACGAGGUUUUGCCCGAGGAGGAGGGGUUGGCGAUGGGGUUUAUCAGGCCGAAGGUGGAUGUGCCGGUUCGGUUGAGGAAGAGGAAGGGGUUUAUUCAGUAGGAUGUGAUGGAGAUUUUACAGCGAGGCUGCCGGCGUAUUCUUCAGCAAGCGAACGUAUACUGCAUUUCCUCAAGAUGUCAGCAUUCAUGGUGGGCAAACCGAAGCGUUAAACCAACAAGACAGAAAGUCUCGAUUGAGAUACUGGCUAAUAGAAAAUCCUUAUGUC